AUGCGGCCGAAUCUGGAAUCCGUGGAUCUGUUUUUUUUAUGUUUGCAUGUUAUUGCUCAAAGUGUUGACAGAGGAAUAUACAUUGAAGUGUAUGGAGCGAAAAAGGUUGGUGUGGUCCAUGGGUAUGGCGACAGAAUCAGCAGAAGGAGUAGUCCGGUCUCGGUGGGAGUAUCGAAACUGAGCGGCUACACAGAUGGAGGAUCGGGUCAAACUGGUGAAUUUCCCCUUCUUGACUAUUUUGACGCCUAUGCUGAUUCGAGCGUUGAUGGUGAUUGUUUCGAUUCUGAGCCUAUCGAUUAUGAUGUCGACGUUGAGAUGAAAUCUUAA